AUGAAGAUUGCUUCGUUUAAUGUUCAGAGGUUUGGACUGACAAAACUCUCUGAUCCAGAUGUCCUUUCAGCACUGGUUAAGAUUGUGUCUCGAUAUGACAUCAUAGUGAUCCUGGAGGUUGUGGAUGUGAGCGGAGAUUCUGUUAAACUUUUCCUAAAAGAGCUUAACAGUGUGAACACAGGCCAUCACUAUGCUCUGCAGCUCAGCGCCCGCCUGGGCAGAAACAGAUACAAGGAACAGUUUUUGUUUCUGUACAGAGAUGAUGUGGUGGAUCUGGUUGACUGCUACCAGUAUGAAGACAAUCGGGAGAACAGCAUGGAUGCUUUUGCAAGGGAGCCAUACAUUCUCCACUUCAAACCACGAAACACAGUGCUGAAGGACAUAGUGCUAAUCCCCGUCCACACCACACCAUGGGGCACUGAGAAGGAGCUGGAUGAGCUGUACGAGGUCUUCCUGGUGGUCAAAGACAAGUGGAAAACUGAUCACAUUAUGAUCCUGGGAGAUUUCAGAGCUGAUGGUGCAUAUGUCACACGAGAAGAGAUGAAGCAUAUCCGUAUCCGCAGUGACAAGAAUUUCCAUUGGCUGAUAAGCGAUGACAUGGACACAACAGCAAAACCAUCAAAUGAACACACCUACGACCGAAUUGUUGUGUAUGGAGACGAUAUGCUGGCAGCCAUUGUGCCAAGCUCAGCCAAACCAUUCAAUUUUCACAAAGAGUUUGGGAUGACUGAGGAAAUGGCCCUGAGAGUGAGUGACCACUACCCUGUUGAGGUUGAGUUAUGCAGCACUCCUCCUUUCUGGAUGACAGAGAGUGAGGAAAUAUGCGACAGCCCGCUGGCUUCAGUUAACAAUGCUUCUGAUGUGUUGACACUGCAGAAAGAAAACCUUCUGUUGGAGCAAGAAAAACUUCAACUUCAGAUCUCUUUAUUAAAACACAGGGUUGCCGCACUGCAUCCAGAGAAAUAA